GAAGACAUUGAGAAGGAUGUGAAAUAUUUCCACACUUCAGGUGGUAAAACAUGCGGUGAAUCAUCACAGCAAUCUGAGAAACCAGCGAGUGGUUGUAAUGAGACAAAAACAGAACCUCCAAAUAAUGAAAAUGCUGUCAGGGAUAUUUGUAACCACACAAUGCUGCAGCUGUCAAGUUUAAACAGUCAAAUAAAAGAAGAAGUCAAAGAUUCAGGAAGUUAUGAUGACCAGAACCUGAGCUGCUUUUUCUGCAGGUCAGCAUUUUCAUCAGGAGGACUUCUGACAAGACACAUAUCGGGCCAUACAGGAGAGAAGCUGCUCACAUGUGUUAUUUGUAAGAAAACGUUCACCUUGGAGUCAGAACUUGUUAUUCACAUGUGUGCUGGAGAGUCUUCUCAGCAUCAUCAAAGCCGAUGUGAGGAACAUAUUCCUGCCUCCAAACAGUUGAGCUGCUCUCAGUGUGGGGAAAAUGUUUCAAGAUCUGAAGACUUAGAUCUUCAUCUCAAACUCCAUACAAGAGAAAACUUGUUCAGUUGUUCAGUGUGUAAGGCCUGUUGCAGUGACAAAGACUCGUUAAUUCAGCACAUGAGGAUCCACACAAGACAAACACAGUUUACCUGCCAUGUUUGUAAGAAGGACUUUACGUGGAGAAGGCAGCUGACAAAACACAUGGAAGUUCAUAAGAAAAGAAAAAAAGUAUUUCGCUGCAGAGCUUGUGGUGCUGAAUUUUGCACUUAUUAUUUGUUGUCUAAACACAAGGUUGUUCAUCAGUCAUCAGAGAUUCCUCACAACCAGACUGAGGAGAACAGGGAGGAAAAUGAAGCAAUGGAAACAGCAGCUGGUGGAGAAGAAUUUGGAAGACCUGAACCAACCAAGAACCUAAACACGAACACACAAAUACAACGGGAGACCAAAGCAGAGGCUUUACUCUCCUUACAAACUGAAGGGGAUGAAUUUAGGAAACAAACCAGAGAAGCUGAGUCAGAUUUAACAUCUGUGAGACAUGAAGAUUUUCAGAGUGACACGAAGACAGACUCACAGCUUUUUACUUUAAAAGAGGAUCUGAGUCGACACACAGCGUUUGAUACAGAGAUACAGGAGGUGAAGCAGGAAGAUCCAGAGUCUCCACAGAUAAAAGAGGAGGAGGAAGAAGCUGAGAUCACCAAGUUCACCUUCCGUCAUGUCCCUCUGAAGACUGAAGAGAAACCUCGAUCACUGCAGCUUCACAGUUCAAGUGAGGAGAAAGACUUUUUUGGAGAACCAGAUGAAAACAAGAAGUCUUCUGCAUUUUCUGACCCCGACACCGAUGACAGUGACUUCUGGAAACAAAACGAUAAACUUCAGUCAAGUUCAAACUCUGAAAGUGAUUCUGGCAGAAACCCUUCCAGCUGUUCUGAUAACAAGGCGACAGAGUCCCUGCAGCCUGAAAGUGAUGCUAGUGUUGACAGUGACUUUUUUAAAGACUACAAGAAACCAGAGUCAGACUUGAACUUAUUCCAACAAGAAGCUACAGAAAAAGGUGCAAAAUAUAUCACAGACUUGAAACCUUACAGUUGUACUCAGUGUGGUAAAGCAUUCCGCUACAGCUUCUAUUUGAAAAUUCACAUGAAACAGCACUUCGACCGGUACUUUUGUUCUGUUUGUGGUCACAAAUCGACCUCCAGUUCAAAUCUGAAGGUCCACAUGAGAACACACACAGGAGAGAAACCUUUCAGCUGCUCAAUUUGUAGUAAAAAGUACACAAACAAGGCGAGCAUGUUGUCUCACAUGUCUGUUCAUGACGCAGAAAGGAAAUACAGUUGUGAUGAGUGUAAGAAAAGCUUUGCCUGGUAUACAGAACUGAAGUACCACCAGUGUGUGGGCGAGUCCUCACACGAACAAGCGUAUGUGGAAAAUUUAAAUAUAAAUUUGAAAAGACACACUUUACACAGCUGAAAUGUUUUAGCUGCAGAAGUUUAGGUAUAUAAAUUUUCUCUGAUUUUUCAUGUAUGAAGAUGUAAAGAAACAUGUUUCUA